AUGGAUCUAGUGGAAAAGGUGAACGAGGUAAAGAGUGUGAAAGGAGUCUUUAUUGACCACAACGCCGCAGAUUGUACAUAUUUUGUUGGCUGGGGUGAGCUUCUCGCUAAAUAUUUUUCACCACCUUCUGCGGGUUAUACAGCAAACUAUCCAUUUGAGAUUGACAAUGGAGUAUGCACAGCUCGGAAGACGGUUGACACACCUAACGACGAGGCUAUUGUUUUUCCUACGAUGGACCCGAGUAACAUUCCUAGCGGCCGUAAGGCACUAAUAUCAGAGUUGUUUGGAUCCAACAUUCCCACCUUUUGGGAAGCCUCACUCUCUGGUGUCCAGCUACCUAAACACCCCACAAAAGAACGUUCAGCCAAGAAAAUGAAGUCUCUAGCAGCAAAGUACUUCUCCAUUCCAAAACAAUACCUGAAGUAUUACCCAAACGUACCAGAAGUCAUUGCUAGCGCAUCAACGGCGGAAUCCAAAGAGACCGGUGCUGUGACGGGGUCACACAGCACCUUGCGCUGA